GGUGUCUUGGUAUUUGUUUGUUUUCAGACAAGCUGAAAUCCUGCCUUGACAAAGCACCAGAAAAGAGGGCAAAAGAGCAUAAAAAGAAGGGCCGAAAAGCUAAGCAAAGGGAGAGCUGAAAGUCUGGUUUUCUGGGGUUCUUCCCAGGGGUGAACUGAAGAGGAAGAUGGGAGUGAUCAAGGCAGCCAUAGGAGAUGCCCUGUUGACAUCCAUGUGGGUGUUUUGCAUGCCUAUGCUAAGGAUUUUGACAGGCAUAAUAGCAACUUUCCUUAGUGUCCAGGCCCUCCCCUGGGCUGCUCUCUUUAUCACCACCAUCCUUGUCAGUUGUUUAGUUUUCCUCUUCAGCUUGAUUGGAGAAGCUUUGGGUGGUGCUAGCUUCAACCCCACAGCUUCUCUCACUUUCUAUGCCGCCGGUCUCAAGAAAAACUCCUCUCUCCUCUCCAUGGCCGUACGUUUUCCUGCUCAGGCUGCUGGUGGAGUUGCUGGUGUCAAGGCAAUCCUGCAAGUGAUUCCAGGGGAAUACAAGAAAUUCAUCAAAGGACCUUCCCUGAAUGUGGAUUUGCAUACUGGGGCGAUAGCUGAAGGGGUUUUGACUUUUGGGCUCAGCCUUGCUCUCCUUGUGAUUCUCUUCAGAGGUCCUAAAAACCCUUUGAUUAAGCUGUGGUUAAUGGCUGCAUCAACUGUGGGAUUGGUUACAACAGGUUCCAAAUACACUGGACCUUCCAUGAAUCCAGCCAAUGCCUUUGGAUGGGCAUAUGAGAACAACUGGCACAAUUCUUGGGAGCUUUACUAUGUUUAUUGGAUUGGUCCUUCGAUUGGGGCAACUUUGGCUGCUUGGGUUUUCAGAUUCCUGCUUUCUCCUCCUCCACUAGCAUCCAAGGAGAAGAAAGCUUGAUUUUUAGGUAAAUUGUUUAGUAUUUUCAAUAAAAAUUGUUCCCACUUUCUUGCAUUUAGCUUAUUGGUAUUGGGAUGAUCUUAAUUCUUAAUGGAUGAUCUGAUUCACAAGCCUAAUUAAUAGAAUUUUUUUUUCCCCAA